AUGCGAACUGCUGAGGCUACCAUAACUUUACAAGAUAUAGAAAUUUUGUUCGGAAUGGUAAUAGAUGGUAGUCCUAUAAUUUUAAAUGGCGCUAAUACUUUAGGAGUUUUUGGUAGACAAGAAAUGAUGUUUGAAUUAACGGGAUGGUCACCCGAUAAUGAUUGUUUUUCUGGUGUUAGUAGAUUGUUAACAUAUAAAUUAAUUGAGCAUAUUGAAGGUUUAGAUGAUAUUACUGAUCAUUCAACUGAGCGUGAGGUGCAACAAAAGUUUAGAUUAUAUUUAUUAUGGUUAUGUGGUGGAUCAAUAUUUCCAAAUAAAUCUAAUAAUAAACUUAAUUUAGACCUUUUGAUUGACAUAAAAAAUUUAAAUGUAAUGUCAACACAAAGAUGGGGAGCAGCUGCAUUAUCAUAUUUGUAUAAUUGUUUAUGUCGUGCAUCAAUGAAACAAUCAAAUGAAGUUUGUGGAUUUCUCUCUUUAGUGCAGAUUUGGGCAUGGGAACGUAUUAUUCCCCUGCAACCAUUACCGAAAUCUCUAAGGACCAAUCAACUUGAGGAUUUAACUGCGCUUGCACGUAAAUGGACGCAACGUAAAAAUCAUUAA